UCCCAGACUUGCCAGCAGGUGGCAGUGGUCCUCCUCUGUGUGAAUCAAAUCCAAAAACGAAGAAGAAGCAGUUAGAAGACAGUCAUGGCUGAUAUGAAGAAAGAGGUUGAUGAAACACUUGACGAGCUGACCGACUAUGUCAAGAAGCAGCGAUGGUGGAAUCGGGUGUUUGGCAAAAACAAUUCAAGGCCCUUGGCUGACAAGUACACAGUUGGUACACAAAUUGCAAUUGGAGGAGUGACUGGCUGGUGUGCUGGUUUUCUGUUUCAGAAAGUUGGAAAGCUAGCCGCUUCAGCUGUUGGUGGAGGAUUCUUGUUGCUUCAGAUUGCCAAUCACACAGGGUAUAUCAGUGUGGACUGGAAGAGAGUGGAACGGGAUGUCAACAAAGCCAAGAAGCAGCUAAAGCUCAAUGUGGACAAGCCGUCAAGAGAGGUCAAGACAAAGGUGCAAGAGGUUCAGAUCUUUGUGCAGAACAACAUUAUCCUGAUGGGCGGAUUUGCUGGAGGAUUUCUGAUUGGACUGGCAUCGUAGCUUUUUAGUGUAUUGGCUCUGCUUUUAUAUAUUUUUUUGUUUAUUAGAACCCCACUCCAUUUUUGAUUUUUUUCGUUGCCCUCAUGAUUUAUCAAUUAUUUAAACGGCAAGAGCAAAGCAUUAUGAUUUCAGGACAUACUAGGCAACAUUGUUUUAUCAUUGGAUGGGAUUAUCCUAUAACAGAAUGAUGAUAUCACCAAUUUUGUGAAUAAAAAUAUUAUUAGCUCUUUAAAUAAGAGCAUUUUUGCAUGAAUAUUGUAAAGAUGUAACUUCGUUAUAUUUGUCUUAUUGUAUUGCCAGUGAAGGGUCUGUUGUCUGUAGAAAAAUGUGAUGGGACAAUCCGUGGUUUAAUACUAUGCAAGAAUACAGGAUUAUAUUUC